AUGAAGCUCGGCACGGCCAUCCUCCUCACCACCGCCAUCGCCACGGGUUUCUCCGCUGACGAAGACGAUUGCGGCAGUCUGGGUCUGAUGGUGGUGGACGAGGCCAAGCUCCCCGCGGGCGUAAAUGCAAGCGACGUUCGGAAAUGCGCCGACCACCCUCUAGGCCGUCAGGCUGGCCCAGGGCUGGCCAAGCGCGGUGGCGGUUGUGGCGGCCACGGCGGCCGUUUGUCUGGGUGCUCAGACGGAUACUGCUGGAAAGACUGCCACGGGAUCGAUGUGAUAAUAGGUCAGAACUUUGGAGCAUGGUGCUGGACUGCAAAGGGCGACGAGGGCCACGGGAAUUGGUAUCCCUGCACUAAGGACACACCAGCAGCCAUGGGCUCCAACGUAUCCACCGCUCAGCCCAAGAAGGGCCAGUCUUCCGGCAAUCAUGACGCCUCGCCCGCCGUCCGCCGCGCAGAAGACCACGCCGACGUUCCGACCAAGGCUGAGAUCGAGGAGAAGGAGCGCCAGGAUCCCGAAGAGGGAGGGCACGAAGACGACUGCUUCCACGGCAAGCACUGCCAGUGGUGCAGUUUGAGCUUUCCCGGCCAGAUCUGA